CGUCACAAUUACUUGUAAAGAGAAUGUGCAGACGAUGUCGAGCAAAGUGAAAUCGCGCAAGGGCGAAUUGCCUCUCCUUGCGUCUUCAGUAUUGUGCUUCGGAUUGUUUUUAGGUUUACUGGUUUAUGCUUGUGUGAUUUGCAUGGUGUGUCCUUUGCAGUGUUCCACCAGAUCAAGUUAUACGGUGGUGUCGCUGAUAUUUCUCUGCAUGGCUCUGAUGCAGUUGGUCGUCUUUUUGAUUGUCAGGAGCCAAAAACUUAAAGAAAAGGUUACAAAAUUUACAGAUCAAGAAAUACAACUGACGCCUGAGACGAAGUUAGAGACUCAAAGCUAAGCAAAAGAGAAUAUUGGAGAAAUCGAUACAAUUGGGAGAAGCAAGUAAAAAUGGACUGGCUGGUGGAUGCAGACAAAGUUUCUGAAAAUCUUGAACCUAAAAUUCAUCACCUAUAUAAAAGAUUAGACAAAGUGUGUUUAAACAUUCUUGACCUUGGUUGUGGAACAUCAGAUGUUGCCUCUGUGCUCCUAAAGAAAUGUAGGUCACCCAUGGACAUUUACUGUGUAGAUUAUUCAGAAGGAGCACUUCAGUGGCAGAAAGGGUUGCUUUCUGCAUUGAAUCAAAAACAUGGGAACAUCAUGUCAAACUACUGGCUUGUUAUGGCGGAUAUUUGUCACUUGCCUUUUAAAGAUAAUUUUUUUCAUGUGAUUCUUGAUAAAGGAACUAUUGAUUCUCUUCUAAAAUCAGAAGACGGUCAAAAAUUGGCGGAAAGUUCUAUGACAGAAAUUUUGCGUGUGAUGCAUCCAGCAGGAAACUUGUGGCAGAUCACUGAUGAAGAUCCAGAUGUCAGAUUACUAUUUUUACAAACAGUGCAGAACGACAUCAAAAAGAAAUAUUCCUCCUCAUUCGAAAUAUUGCUGAGUGAUAACAUAAAUGAAUACUUUCUGUAUACUGUUAAAGAGGAUACUCAUGAAAAAUCUUAAUUUUAGUCCAUGUUCAAUUAGAUUUAUUUGUAAAUUAUUAUCUCAUAUGUAUGAAAUUUAAUUUUUUUUUUACAUGAACCUUUAUUAUUUCCAAACUUUAAACAUGAAUGAAAGAAAGCUCAU